AUGGCGUCUCUUCCUCCACCUCCUCCCCCGGGAUGGGGAGGUGCAGCACCGCCGUCAAUGCCUCUUGCUCCACCACCUCCAGGUUACCGACCAUCACCAAACCCGAUGACAACUAAAUUCGAGCAGAAGAAGAAAGAAUGGCUCCGGAGCCAGCGCAAUCGCUUUGGGGAGAAGAGAAAGGCAGGAUUCGUUCAGUCUCAAAAGGAUGACAUGCCGCCAGAACAUCUGCGAAAGAUUGUGAAAGAUAUUGGAGACGUGUCACAGAAGAAGUUUAGCAGUGACAAGCGCAGCUACCUUGGAGCUUUGAAGUUUAUGCCACAUGCGGUGCUGAAGCUGCUAGAGAACAUGCCUAUGCCUUGGGAGUCCGCGAGGGAAGUCAAAGUACUGUACCAUGUGAACGGUUGCCUAACACUGGUUAACGAGAUACCACGAGUUAUAGAGCCAGUUUUUCAUGCGCAGUGGGCGUCAAUGUGGGUGUGUAUGCGACGUGAGAAGAGUGACAGAAGACACUUCAAACGUAUGCGAUUUCCACCCUUUGACGAUGAGGAACCUCCGUUAUCAUGGUCGGAGAAUAUCGAGGACGUGGAACCUCUGGAACCCAUUCAAAUGGAGCUGGAUGAAGCCGAGGAUAGCCCUGUUUUUGAAUGGUUCUAUGACCAUCGACCGUUGCUUGACACCCCUCAUGUCAAUGGGCCAAGUUACAAGGAAUGGAACCUGACUCUUCCACAGAUGGCUACCUUGUACCGAUUAAGUCAUCAGCUUCUCAGUGAUGUCGUGGACAAGAAUUAUUUCCACAUGUUUGAACUGAAUAGCUUUCUAACUGCAAAGGCUCUAAAUGUCGCAAUCCCUGGCGGCCCCAGAUUUGAACCUCUCUAUAAGGACAUUGAUCCCAAUGAUGAGGAUUUUGGAGAAUUCAAUGCCAUCGACCGUAUUAUAUUUCGUGCACCAAUAAGAACAGAAUACAGAGUCGCAUUUCCAUACCUCUAUAACUCCCUGCCAAGAAGUGUUAAGAUUUCAUGGUACUCUCAUCCUCAAGGUGUCUAUGUCAGAACUGACCCCAACCUUCCCGCUUUCUACUUCGAUCCUAUUAUCAAUCCCAUAUCUUCUCGAUCUGUUGCGCCCCAGAACAUAACCGUCAGCCAUGAGGACGAGAUCUUUGGCCCUGGCAAUGACGAAGACGACUUCGAGCUGCCUGCCGCCGUUGAGCCAUUUUUAGCCGAUGAAGAGCUCUACACAACCGAGACAGCAUCUGCCAUCAGCUUAUGGUGGGCCCCUUAUCCAUUUGACCGCCGAUCUGGAAGAAUGGUUCGUGCACAAGAUGUACCUUUGGUUAAACAGUGGUAUUUGGAACAUUGUCCUCAGGGUCAGCCAGUUAAAGUUAGGGUAUCCUACCAGAAGCUACUUAAAACAUAUGUGCUGAAUGAGCUUCAUAAGCGCAAGCCCAAAGCCCAGAACAAGCAGAACCUAUUAAGAACAUUAAAAGGCACCAAGUUCUUCCAACAAACCACGAUCGACUGGGUGGAAGCUGGCCUUCAAGUCUGUCGUCAGGGAUUCAACAUGCUAAAUUUGCUAAUCCAUCGAAAGAACUUGACCUACCUGCACUUGGAUUACAAUUUCAACCUUAAACCAGUGAAAACGUUGACUACCAAGGAACGGAAGAAAUCUCGCUUCGGAAACGCUUUCCACUUAAUGCGAGAAAUUCUCCGCUUGACCAAGUUAAUUGUUGAUGCGCAAGUGCAAUACCGUUUGGGAAAUAUUGAUGCCUUCCAGCUUGCUGAUGGAAUUCUUUAUGCCUUCAACCAUGUUGGUCAAUUGACUGGAAUGUACCGGUACAAAUAUAAACUCAUGCACCAGAUUCGGUCGUGCAAGGACUUGAAACAUCUCAUUUAUUACCGAUUUAACUCUGGGUCAGUCGGCAAAGGUCCUGGAUGUGGUUUCUGGGCUCCUGCUUGGAGGGUAUGGCUGUUCUUCCUUCGCGGUAUAAUUCCUCUUCUCGAGCGAUGGCUUGGAAAUCUUUUGUCAAGGCAGUUUGAAGGCCGCCAUAGCAAGGGUGUUGCCAAGACUGUUACUAAACAGCGUGUAGAAUCUCACUUUGAUUUGGAGCUCCGAGCUUCGGUCAUGGCAGAUUUGAUGGAUAUGAUGCCUGAAGGUAUUAAACAGAACAAAGUCAAUACUGUUCUUCAACAUCUAUCAGAGGCCUGGAGAUGCUGGAAGAGUAACAUUCCAUGGAAGGUACCGGGUCUGCCCGCUCCUAUUGAAAACAUUAUCCUGCGAUAUGUUAAGAGCAAGGCAGAUUGGUGGAUAUCAGUUGCUCACUACAACAGGAACGAAUUAACUCGUCUGUGGCUUAAAGCUGAGCAGGAAAGACAACACAAUUAUAUGAAAGACGGGCCCUAUGUAUCUUCGGAGGAAGCUGUCGCCAUCUAUACCACAACAGUUCAUUGGCUAGAAUCACGAAAGUUCUCACCGAUUCCUUUCCCUAGUGUAUCAUAUAAGCACGAUACAAAGAUUCUGAUUCUAGCCCUUGAACGAUUGCGUGAGGCUUACUCGGUGAAAGGUCGCUUAAAUCAGAGCCAGCGGGAGGAACUUGCCCUUAUAGAGCAGGCUUAUGAUUCUCCUGGAACUACCCUUGCAAGGAUUAAACGAUUCCUUCUCACCCAGCGAGCUUUCAAAGAAGUUGGUAUUGAUAUGAAUGACAACUACAGUCAUAUCAACCCUGUGUACGACAUUGAACCAAUUGAAAAAAUCACGGAUGCGUACCUUGACCAAUAUCUCUGGUAUCAGGCUGACCAACGACACCUAUUUCCCGCCUGGAUUAAGCCCUCUGAUUCAGAAGUACCACCUCUUUUGACAUAUAAAUGGGCUCAAGGCAUCAACAAUCUAUCCAAUGUUUGGGAAACUGCUGAUGGCGAAUGCAAUGUUAUGAUUGAGACACAGCUGUCUAAGGUGUAUGAGAAAAUCGAUCUUACGUUACUGAAUCGUCUUCUUCGUCUCAUCAUGGACCACAAUCUAGCAGAUUAUAUCACCUCAAAGAACAAUGUCCAACUCAACUACAAGGAUAUGAACCAUACUAAUAGCUAUGGUUUAAUUCGUGGCCUUCAGUUCUCUGGGUUCGUGUUCCAGUACUAUGGCUUGGUCAUCGACUUACUUCUUCUUGGUUUACAAAGAGCAAGUGAAAUUGCUGGUCCACCACAAAGCCCCAAUGAUUUCCUGCAGUUUAGAGACCGCGCUACUGAAAGCAAACACCCUAUCCGUCUUUAUACGAGAUAUAUCGACAAGAUUUGGGUGUUCUUCAGGUUUUCAGCCGAUGAAUCGCGCGACUUAAUUCAGCGUUUCUUGACAGAGCAGCCAGAUCCAAACUUUGAGAAUGUUAUCGGCUACAGGAACAAAAAGUGUUGGCCGAGAGAUUCUAGAAUGCGCCUCAUGAGACACGAUGUUAAUCUUGGCCGGGCUGUUUUCUGGGACUUAAAGAAUCGACUUCCUCGAUCCAUCACCACUAUUGAGUGGGAUGACACAUUCGCAAGUGUUUACAGCAAGGAUAACCCGAAUCUUUUGUUUUCAAUGUGCGGUUUUGAGGUUCGCAUCUUGCCGAAAAUUCGUAAUUUAAAUGAAGAAUUCUCUGUCAAAGAUAGUGUCUGGUCUCUUUCCGAUAAUACGACUAAAGAACGAACUGCAUAUGCUUUUCUACAAGUCACAGAAGAGGAUAUUCAAAAGUUCAAUAACCGUAUCCGACAAAUCUUGAUGUCCUCUGGCUCUACAACCUUCACAAAGAUCGCCAAUAAGUGGAAUACCAGUCUGAUCGCUCUUUUCACUUAUUACAGAGAAGCUGCAGUUUCAACUGUAAAUUUGCUAGAUACUAUCGUGAAGUGUGAGACAAAGAUCCAAACCCGAGUUAAGAUCGGCCUCAAUUCGAAGAUGCCGUCGCGUUUCCCCCCAGCUGUCUUCUAUACCCCUAAGGAACUGGGAGGUUUGGGUAUGAUUUCUGGGUCACACAUUCUUAUCCCAACCAGUGAUAAGCGAUGGUCCAAGCAAACGGAUACUGGCGUCACUCAUUACCGGGCCGGUAUGUCUCAUGAUGAGGAGACAUUGAUCCCAAACAUCUUCAGAUACAUUAUUCCCUGGGAGGCUGAAUUCAUUGACUCUCAGCGUGUUUGGAUGGAAUACUCUCAGAAGCGACAGGAGGCCAAUCAACAAAACCGCAGACUUACCCUUGAGGAUCUGGAAGAUAGUUGGGACCGUGGACUUCCACGAAUCAAUACUCUUUUCCAGAAGGAUCGCAGCACACUGAGUUUUGACAAGGGCUUCCGUGCCAGAACAGAGUUCAAAAUUUAUCAGCUUAUGAAGAGCAAUCCAUUCUGGUGGACAAGUCAGAGACAUGAUGGUAAAUUGUGGAAUCUCAACGCGUAUAGGACCGAUGUUAUCCAAGCUCUAGGCGGUGUCGAAACCAUUCUAGAGCAUACUCUUUUCAAAGCGACAGCAUUCCCCUCCUGGGAAGGCCUCUUCUGGGAAAGAGCAUGCCUUGCAAAUGGUACGAUGCUACUUCGAUAUGAUCACUCUCAGGUUGCUGUCGAAGAUGUUAAAGAGGGUGAUCUACUUCUUGGUCCGGAUGGAGGACCUCGACGUGCCUUCAAUAUAGUCAGCGGCAAAGAUCGACUCUAUCGCAUCAAGAUUGAGAGUCGCAAGGAAGAUCUUGUUGUUACAGCAAACCACAUCUUAGUCUUGCACAAAGAAAAGAGCGGUAAGGUCUCCGCAUCCGAUCAAUACGAAACUGUUGAGAUGACCGCCUCCGAGUUUCAUGCUUUAAAGCAUGAGGAGAGGCGCAAGUACAGGCUCUUCAGAUCCCCUGGUUUCGAUCUCCCUGAGCAAUCAGUGCCAUGUAACCCGUACUUCCUUGGACUCUGGCUUGGAGAUGGCAACCGCCGUAGUGCAGCUAUCGACAACUCUCACGAGGCAGAAAUCCGAGAAUUCCUGGUUAGACAUGCUGCAGAACUCGAUCUACAAUCGGCUUUGCAUGGUCAGUUAGGAUAUGCUACAGUCGGAAAAACAUCGCUCGCUAGCCGUCCAUAUCCGCAGGCGACUAGAUCAACUAUCACUGAGCGUGAGAGACAUGUAUCCCGACAUACUAUUAUUGCAAAACGCCUUGCCGCUGGGUGGACAGUACAGAGUGGUCGUGAGCCUGGUGAAGCUCGUAUUUGGGGACCUCCUGAUGAGGGUUUUUCUGAUGCUAUACCUCCCUCGCGUCCUAUAGCUGCUGUCAAACAUUCCUUGAGUUCCAACCCGGCGAGCUCGCCUCCACUUCCGCCUCAACACCACCACCUGCACAAGCCUAGUCAAGACCUCGAUGCAUCUUUCGCGUCCUCGUUGUCCAUAAAGGAUCGAACCUCUUCCCCUGUUGAUGCUAUUCCCAAAGAUACCCCCCCCCAGCCGCGGUCAGAUGAUCUUCUCAUGAGUCUCGUCAGCGAGCCAGAAGUAGCCGAAGAAGACGAUCUAGACAGCGUCUAUCUAGAUAUCCUGGACACCAUUAGUGAGAUUGGUGAUGGACAAUUCGACGACGACCCUCCACAGACUCAACAAACUGUACGUCUUCGGACUGGCCUCAGUGCGUAUGGUACUCUCGAGGAGGAGGAACAAGAACAACUCCUUAAGCAGACCACUGGACUACCUCCGAACAAUUCAGGUAUCAAUUCGCUUCUUCAGGCUCUUCGUGGGGUUGGCGUGCUCGCAGAGCCUGGAUCAACUGAACCUGAGACUGAUCGUAAGCGUAUUCCCGCUGUCUUCUUGAACAAUUCGCGUGCUGUCCGACUGGCCGUCCUCGCAGGUUUGAUUGAUAGCGAUGGAUGCAAGAGCGAACGAUGGCAUUCAGCGUUGUUCUGGGAUACCGUCGCACUGGCACGCUCUCUUGGGUUCAGUGUAUGGACUAAACUAAGAAUGGUGUGGAAUCCAACUCGUACCGUGCAGCAUCCCCAGCUUUUUGCUCAGAUACUCGGCAAUUUGAAGGAAAUCCCGUGUCUUCUAUCUAGCAAGAAGGCUAUGGAUCGCUUCACCCCUCAGACUCAUAGCUUUAUGGUUACAGAUAUCACACUAGAACCCGAAGCUACUGGAUGGGCUGGUUUCCGAGUUGAUGGAGAUCAGCUGUAUCUACGACACGAUUAUCUUGUGCUUCAUAACAGCGGUUUCGAAGAGUCAAUGAAAUUUAAGAAACUGACCAACGCCCAGCGAUCUGGUCUGAACCAAAUCCCCAAUCGUCGAUUUACUCUAUGGUGGUCACCAACUAUAAAUAGGGCAAACGUUUAUGUUGGUUUCCAGGUGCAACUUGAUCUCACUGGCAUUUUCUUACACGGCAAAAUCCCAACGUUGAAAAUAUCCUUGAUUCAGAUAUUCAGAGCACAUUUAUGGCAGAAAAUCCACGAAUCUGUUGUUAUGGAUCUGUGCCAAGUUUUUGACCAAGAACUAGAGCAGCUUGGCAUUGAAACUGUGCAAAAGGAGACAAUACAUCCUCGAAAAUCAUAUAAGAUGAACAGUUCUUGCGCUGAUAUCCUCUUGUUCGCAACUCACAAAUGGAACGUAACAAGACCUUCACUUUUGUUUGACACUAAGGACGUGAUCGAGGCAACCACGACCAACAAGUUCUGGCUAGACGUACAGCUAAGAUAUGGUGAUUAUGAUUCUCACGAUAUUGAGCGUUACGUACGUGCCAAAUACCUCGACUACACUACCGACAGUAUGAGUAUCUACCCAUCCGCCACCGGUCUAAUGAUUGGUAUUGAUCUGGCCUACAACCUUUACUCUGCUUAUGGACAGUACUUCCCUGGCUUGAAAGUACUAAUUCAGCAAGCUAUGGCCAAAAUCAUGAAGGCAAACCCUGCCUUGUACGUCCUAAGAGAGCGUAUCCGCAAAGGUUUACAACUGUAUGCGUCUGAGAGCAACCAGGAAUUCCUAAACUCUCAAAAUUACUCCGAGCUGUUUAGUAACCAGAUCCAAUUGUUUAUUGAUGAUACGAAUGUAUACCGUGUGACUAUCCACAAGACAUUUGAAGGGAACUUAACGACCAAGCCAAUCAACGGUGCAAUUUUCAUUUUCAACCCGAGAACUGGUCAACUUUUCUUAAAGAUAAUUCACACCAGUGUAUGGGCUGGACAGAAACGUUUGGGUCAGCUAGCCAAAUGGAAAACCGCAGAAGAAGUUGCUGCUCUUAUCCGAUCUUUGCCCGUUGAAGAACAGCCCAAACAACUUAUUGUUACGAGAAAGGGUCUACUUGAUCCUCUUGAAGUUCAUCUACUUGAUUUCCCGAACAUUUCUAUCAGAGCCUCAGAACUGCAGCUCCCAUUCCAAGCAGCAAUGAAGAUUGAAAAACUGGCUGAUAUGAUUCUCAAAGCUACGGAGCCACAGAUGGUUCUCUUCAACCUUUACGACGAAUGGCUUAAGACCAUAUCUUCGUACACUGCAUUUUCUCGACUGAUUUUGAUUCUUCGGGCCUUGCACGUGAAUAUUGAGAAGACCAAAAUCCUUUUACGGCCCGACAAGACGGUCAUUACCCAGGAACAUCAUAUAUGGCCUACCCUCUCGGACGAGGAUUGGAUAAAGCUUGAAGUUCAGCUUCGUGACUUGAUUUUGAAUGACUACGGGAAGAAGAACAAUGUUAAUGUUCAAAGUCUUACCGGCAGCGAAGUCCGAGAUAUCAUUUUGGGUAUGGAAAUCAGUGCACCUUCACUUCAGCGUCAGCAGGCUGCCGAGAUGGAGAAGCAGCAGCAGGAACAGAAACAAUUGACUGCUGUUACAACGAAGACUCAGAACGUUCGUGGUGAAGAGAUCAUUGUGACUACAACCUCGCAAUAUGAGCAACAGUCGUUUGCGUCGAAGACUGAAUGGCGGACUCGGGCAAUUGCAACCUCCAACCUACGCACACGUGCCAACAACAUCUACAUAUCUUCCGAGGAUAUCCAGGAAGAUGGACAUUACACUUAUAUUAUGCCAAAGAAUAUACUGAAACGGUUCAUUAUGAUUUCAGAUCUCCGUGUUCAAGUUGCUGGGUAUCUGUAUGGAAGCUCACCUCCAGACAACGACCAGGUUAAGGAGGUUCGGACAAUUGUGAUGAUUCCUCAGGUUGGCAAUACGCGUGAUAUACAGCUCCCACAACAGCUGCCGCAACAUGAAUACUUGAAUGGCCUCGAACCUCUCGGAAUUAUCCAUACGCUAUCCGGCAACGAGCCCACAUACAUGACUGCGAUGGAUGUGACACAGCACUCACGGCUCAUGAAUGCACACUCGUCAUGGGAUAAAAAGACUGUGACGAUGACCGUUUCAUUCACCCCAGGCUCUGUUUCGCUUUCGGCUUGGGCUCUUACGCCUCAAGGCUAUAAGUGGGGCGCCGAGAACAAGGACACAACCUCCGAUCAACCGCAAGGCUUCUCAACCAGCAUGGGUGAUAAGUGCCAGCUUCUGCUCAGUGAUAGGAUUCGUGGAUAUUUCUUGGUCCCUGAAAACAACGUCUGGAACUACAGUUUCAUGGGAAGUUCUUUCAGCAGCGUAGAGAAGCGGCCUAUCUAUGUCAAGGUUGAUACUCCGAUGAGAUUCUAUGAUGAUCAACAUAGACCGCUGCACUUCCAAAACUUUGCCGAGCUGGAGGACAUCUGGGUUGACAGGACAGACAACUUCGAAUGA